AUGUUCUUUCUUUGUGGCGUUAAAUUCCUUCCUUUUUCUAUACAAACGUGUUUCAGUCUUUUCGAAUAUCUUAUUCAAUUUUUUAUUUCCGUUUUCAUUAGUUUUGCUUUCCACCUUAUACGUUUAUUCCUUCUUUAUUCUCUUCUUUUGAUUGUUUCCUUUUCUUUUUUCGUCUUCAUUUCUUUAUUAACUUAUUUUGAUUUUCUUUUCUUUUUUCGUCUUAAUUUCUUCAUUUGCUUUUUUGUUUUCUUUAAUUUUUCUUCUUCAUUUCUUUAUUCGCUUCUUUUGAUUGUUUUCUUUACUUUUUCGUUUUCAUUUCUUUAUUCGCUUGUUUUCAUUGUUUUCUUUUCUUUUUUCAUCUACAUUUCUUCAUUCACUUUUUUUGAUUUUCUUUUCUUUUUCCUUUUAAUUUCUUUGUUUUCUUCUUUUGAUUUUUUUCUUUUCUUAUUUCAUCUUCAUUUCUUUAUUCGCUUCUUUUGCUUGUUUUCUUUUCUUUUGUCGUCUUUAUUUCUUUUUUCUCUUCUUUUGUUUGUUUUCUUUUCUUUUUUCGUCUUCAUUUCUUUAUUCUCUUCUUUUGAUUGUUUUCUUUUCUUUUUUCUUUCUAUUUUUGUUUGUUUUUUUUCUUUUUUCGUCUUUAUUUCUUUAUUCUCCUUUUUUCAUUGUUUUUUCUUUUUUCGUCUUCAUUACUUUAUUCUCUUCUUUUCAUUGUUUUCUUUUCUUUUUUCGUCCUCAUUUCUUUAUUCGCUUCUUUUUGACUGUUUUCUUUUCUUUUUAAUCUUCAUUUCUUCAUUCGCUUCUUUUCAUUGUUUUCUUUUCUUUUUUCGUCUUUAUUUCUUUAUUCGCUUCUUUUGA